UGUGGUUGAAAGACGAAAGAAACCAUUUUACUCUCCUGAUCCAAGAGAUGUGGGCUGGGAAGGUCAUCUCUGAGGCAACCAAGGACAUUGCUGUCGUGCAGCAAGCCGCACAAAAUGUCCUCCUGGUUGAUACGAUCAUUAGAAGUGGAGAAGAGGAGGGAAGUUCUCACCAUGCAACAGUGGAGAAUUCCGCUGACCACCUUUGCUGUUAUAUACGGGCGAUGGUGCGUGGAGAGCACCUGUUGUCCUCAUUCACCAGGGAGGCUUUACAGAAGAAACUGGAUCCCAACUUUGGUGAACCGGAACGCACUAGUAUACUGGCAUUGCUUUACACCCCAGGAGAUGCAGAAACCCAUUUGUCUCCAAAGUUGUGGUGUGGCCUUGUCAAUGGGAAGGUGCGAGUGUUUGAUGGCAUCAUGUGGACUCUUGAAAAGGAGUUUGUUCAGGCCAAAAAGUCUCUGUCAUGUUUGACGGCAGUUGGAAGGAAACAAGUAUGGGUUGGGUCUUAUGAAAUCUGCAUCAUUGAGACGGAAACAAUUCAGAGCAAGCGUAUCCUUAGUGACCAUGGAGAGUUUGUCAUCGAUAUCAUUGCAGUGGAUGACAGCAGGUAUGUGUACUCGGCCAGUGUGAACGGUGUGAUCAUCAGAUGGUACGUUAAGGGUUUAACAGUGGCCAAUCGCAUUGCUUUGGACAUGUCAGCCGGGGAGACAUUACGGAGUCUGCAGCAUGCCCAGGGAUACCUCUGGUGUGGAGUGUGGAAAGGAAUUUGGAAGAUCAAUAAAAGUGGAGAAAUAUUAGCCAAGUUAAGCUUUGACAUUCCCCGAUCAGCGGUCUCUGUUAACCCUGUAGAAAUGGAGUGCUUCCACAUCAUGGAAAACGGCCAGAUCUGGGCUGGGUGUCGCAGAGAUGGCACCAUUGUUGUCAUGGACACAAAAAAUGGCGGGAAAAUUAUGGGUGAACCUAUUAAACUGGAAGCCAAGGGAAUCAGUAUAAUGGUGAAGUUGAAAAACAGGAUGUGGAUUGGUACAAAGUCAGGAAUCAUGUAUGUGGUGGAUAUCGAAACACGUGCAAAAAUAAAAGAUCUCAAGGCUCAUUAUGAUGCUGUGCGUGCACUGUGUUGUGCAGAUGACAGAUACGUUAUAAGUGGUGCAGGAAGUUCUGACGGAAAGAUUAUAAUCUGGUCUCCGACUGACUCCAGGUCAGCUUCAGGACGUUUUUUACUGGAGUAGAGGGACACAACACAGGACUUUUCCUACUGAAAUAGUGGGACACUUGCUACUGGAAUAGUGGGACACAUUCUACUGGAAUAGUGGGACACUUUCUACUGGAAUAGUGGGACACAUUCUACUGGAAUAGUGGGACAUAUUCUACUGGAAUAGUGGGACACAUUCUACUGGAAUAAUGGGACACUUUCCACUGGAAUAGUGGGACACUUUCUACUGGAAUAGUGGGACACUUUCUACUGGAAUAGUGGGACACACCCUACUGGAAUAGUGGGACACACCCUACUGGAAUAGUGGGACACUUUCUUCUGGAAUAGUGGGACACUUUCUACUGGAAUAGUGGGACACACCCUACUGGAAUAGUGGGACACUUUCUACUGGAAUAGUGGGACAUAUUCUACUGGAAUAGUGGGACACAUUCUACUGAAUAGUGGGACACUUUCUACUGGAAUAGUGGGACAGUUUCUACUAGAAUAGUGGGACACUUUCUACUGGAAUAAUGGGACACUUUCUACUGGAUAGUGGGACACAUUCUACAGGAAUAGUGGGACACUUUCUACUGGAAUAGUGGGACACAUUCUACUGGAUAAUGGGACACAUUCUACUGGAAUAGUUGGGUUCAGGAUGAUUCUUCCCAAUAUAAGAGCUAUUGUCAAGUAACUUUCUCAUACAAAGGAUUGUUGAUGUGUUAAAGCCACAGUCCUUUUUCUAAAAAUGUUCUAUCCAAGGCAAUUUUACUAUUGAGGAAUGCAUGAUGUUUCGGGAGUGUAUUUUUGUUAUACAUAUAUAUGGGCACUUAUAUAUAAAACAGUUUAU